GUCGGCGUAUGCGGGGGAGAAGUGGAUCUGCUCGGAGGAUAUGCCCCGAUGCUUGUGCUAAAUUCGACCGACUCACCAACUUCGAUGGAGUGGUUUUGUCCAGGCCAGAGAAAUUGUGGUUACGCACUGACAACGUUGAUUGGAUUCUGGUUUGGCAAUGCCUGCACUCGUGUAAAGUUAUCGUGUUUCGAAAGUGAAUUCCCUGGUGUAGAGCAAAAAAAGUUGAGUUACCAGGCAGUGUUCUGUCGAGUGUUAACUUGCGCUGCGUGUUUGAGCAGUUGGGUUGUAAGUGCAGUGCGGCACUGAUUCAAGAGGUGCUUGUGAUAUUGAUUGUCAAGUCGUGCGCUUGUAUCGAGCGUUAAUAGGGCAGGCGCUCGUUGCAUUGAUAUGGUUGAGAGUGCCAUUGGCGACGUCGUACUUGGAGUCCGUACUGUGGCCUAUCGUGAGCGGUUUUGAUCAGAGAAAGGACUCAAGGGGGAUUUGUCAACUGGUGGCUAUUGUGGUGUUCGUGUUGUCCAGCGGAAGCAGUUUGUGGAUGCGGUGUUGCAGAAAAGUGCAGCGUAGGGUAGUACUGAGGCGGCAUUGCCGAAGGCGAUCAAAAUGAUUAGAUUGAGUUGAGCAUUUGUUACGGUCGUACAAGAGAGGCAUUGUCGAGACGUUUAUCAGGAGAGAGACAUCGAAAAUGUUUCGCAUGCAGUUUCAAUCGGUGGACACAGCAUCUGAUAAAGAUGAGGAUUGCAGCAGUUGUAAUAACGUGAAUGAGGCGGUAUAUGAGAGUUACAGAGAGGGGACUGUAGAGGACCGCUGUAAUCAUACCCCGACCGUCUACGAGGGCCGCGUGGGGAGAUUUGGCAAGGUCGAAAAGAUCCUAGGUUCAAACAUCGUCUCGAAUCAUGCACAUCAGUCGUCUUCGUCGAUGAGCCGUGCCGCGAGUACCAACGUGUCCUUGGCAGGUGUCAAUAGUUGGAAGGAGGCUGACCUUAUGAAUUUCCAUGCCCCUUCUCUGCAAGGAGUUACACAAGACGAGAAGAGCCACCAGGCGCUUUUUCUUGAUGCACAAGUGCUUCGAGAUCUUGUGCAAGCAGCCAGUGAAAGUCGUCUAGCUGAUGAGCGAAAGGAUGUUGAGACUAUGUCUAUUUCUUCUCCUGCCGCUCUUUUGUCGAGGACUGACUCAUUGGUGAGCACAAGUAGUUUCAUUAGCGACUCUUCCUCGGAUGAAUCCGGAUGUAGCUUAGGAGAAGCAAAGCUACAUCACAAGAAGCCAACGGAGGAGUUGCUACUUGCUGGACUUGAACGAGUGAAGUUGGAUAACAAGUUGGAAGAAGAGGUCAAGGAUGGAGCCCUCAAACUUGCCGAAGAGGCGAGAAAGGAACGUCUGCGGCAUCAGCGUGAGCUUCGAGACCUAGCAAAUUGCACUCAUGAGGUGUCUCCAUCUGGAAAAUCUUUUCAAAAGAAUUUAACGCGCAAGAUUUUGAGGAAAUCUGGGAUGAAUAGCGUUUAUCGAUUCCUCAAGUACCCCUUCAGAAUUUUCCGUACCCACAAGGACUGUCCUGGAUAUCCUUGCGCUCAACACACUGUGGUUGUUCCAAGGAAAAAUUGUAUCUUCGGUGGGUGUUUCACCUCUUCCACAGAUGAUACAUUACCUCAGAUGAGGUCAGCACCUCGGCAGCAGACAAAGCCCGUCAUGCAGUUCCGCACAGUUCAAUCCACUCAACGUGAUGUACCCGCAUGGACAAUGGAGGAGUACAUGGCAAAGAAUGGAAGGUUACAGAACUGGAAACGCAGGAAAGACGACGAGGAAUUUGGUGGCAUCGAGGGCAAUAAUUUGAUGAACCAAUAUGCUGAUAAUAAUGCCAUGAAUUCCUACGACUCUGACAGUGACUGAGAAUAAGGAUAAUGGCUGGUUGGGACAAUUUUAUGAUGACUUAACGAGCAGUGUCCGCCAAGACGAGAUGUAGCAGGAAGCGGUGGCAGGGAGCAACUCUGCGAAAUUGUGCUUGGAUGACGAUGUUUGGCAACAAACUAAGGACCCCUCAUUGGGUUUGAGCUGUACUCCACCGACUGAGGAACUUACAAGUGCGAAAUGCUUUGCAGCACAUCUACUGAUUAGGUUCCGCCAUGAUGCCGAGUUGGUUUGGGAAUAGGUCAUUCUUGUGAUUUGCUCACAACUCAAUUACGUGCACCAAAUUCCAAAUGUCUUUAGGCGUGCUUCCUCCGGAUUUGAAAUGUGGUUGAGUCGGCCGAAUGAAUUACUCGACAUUGACAACACUAGGCCAGGUGCAGCUGAACUGAAUAGAAUCACAUGAACGGCCAUGUAACGUUAUCAAUCUCACGCUUGCACCAUCGUGUAGUUCAGGAAGAAUUCGGGUUACACCCUCUCAUUAAUGACGUCCUGGUGGUUGGUCUAGCACCAGGAGGAUGUCAUCAAUAUGUAACAAUGUAUAUUACAACAUUCAAUUAAUCCAAUUCUUUCUUCUUCAUGAA